AUCAUCACCUGGCGCUGCGGAGAGGGACGGGGCGGGGCGCGCGGCGCCUGGCGUUGUCUGCGGAGUGCCGCUGCAGCGGGCGCUGGUUGGCGGCUUAAAGCAGCGGGGCUGCCACCGCGAGGGGUGUUUAGAGCAGCUGGGGCUGUGGCGGCACGCAGUGCUCAGUCAGAGCGGCAAGCAUGGAGGGCAAAGAACAGCAGCUCUUGCCGCCUGGCCCUGCUGCGCCGAGGGCCGCAGGCGAGGAGGGGCGCUCGGAUGAGGGGAGAGAUGCAGCGGGUGGCGAUAUGCUAGGCAAACCGCUGGGUCCUACGCCGAGCCAGAGCCGCUUCCAGGUGGACUUGGUGGCCGAGGGCUCCGGCCGCCCAUCUGAGGAGGUCCGUAAGGACAGCGUGGAUGGUGGCAUAGCGGGUAAGGGCACUGAAGAAGCCAAAGGCAGAUUUCGGGUGAACUUCGUGGACCCAUCGGCGGGCGACGAUAGCCCUGGGGAGCCGGGAGGCGGCAGCUCGGAAGGCGGUAAUGUCAGCUUCCAGAACGGCGGCGACACGGUGCUGAGCGAGGGCAGCCUCCACUCAGGCGGCCACCAUCACUAUUACUAUGACACCCACACCAACACCUACUACUUGCGUACCUUCGGCCACAACACCAUGGACGCCGUUCCCCGCAUCGACCACUACCGCCACACAGCUGCCGACCUGGGCGAGAAGCUGCUCCGGCCCAGCCUGGCUGAGUUGCACGAUGAGCUGGACAAGGAGCCCUUUGAAGAUGGCUAUGCAAAUGGUGAGGAAGGCACACCAGCUGGGGAAGCAGUGACCACUUACACUCCAGAUAGCAAAGGGGUAGUCAAGUUCGGGUGGAUAAAAGGUGUCUUGGUACGAUGUAUGCUAAAUAUUUGGGGUGUGAUGCUCUUCAUCAGACUAUCAUGGAUUGUGGGACAAGCUGGGAUAGGUCUGUCUGUCUUGGUUAUUGGAAUGGCCACUGUUGUCACAACUAUUACAGGACUGUCUACUUCAGCAAUAGCCACAAAUGGGUUUGUAAGAGGAGGAGGAGCGUAUUAUUUAAUUUCCAGAAGUCUGGGGCCAGAGUUUGGUGGUGCAAUAGGUCUCAUUUUUGCAUUUGCUAAUGCUGUUGCAGUAGCAAUGUAUGUGGUUGGUUUUGCAGAGACGGUUGUGGAGCUACUGAAGGAAAAUGGAACACUGAUGGUGGAUGAAAUGAACGAUAUCAGAAUCAUAGGAGCUAUCACAGUGGUUAUACUGUUGGGUAUUUCUGUUGCUGGAAUGGAAUGGGAAGCAAAAGCACAGAUAGUCUUACUGGUGAUCCUCAUAGUUGCUAUUGGAGACUUUGUGAUAGGAACAUUUAUUCCUCUGGAUAGCAAGAAGCCUAAAGGUUUCUUUGGUUAUAAAGCUGAAAUAUUUAUGGAGAAUUUUGGACCAGAUUUUCGACAAGAGGAAACUUUCUUUUCUGUGUUUGCUAUUUUCUUCCCUGCUGCAACUGGCAUUCUUGCUGGUGCAAAUAUCUCAGGUGAUCUUGCGGAUCCUCAGUCAGCCAUCCCUAAAGGAACGCUGUUGGCCAUCUUAAUUACUACAUUGGUUUAUGUAGGAAUUGCAGUAUCUGUAGGUUCAUGUGUUGUUCGAGAUGCCACGGGGAACAUUAAUAACACCAUUGUCACCGAGCUGACAAAUUGCACUACUGCAGCUUGCAAGUUAAACUAUGAUUUCUCAUCCUGUGAGACAGGCUGUCACUAUGGGCUGAUGAACAAUUUCCAGGUGAUGAGCAUGGUAUCAGGGUUUGCACCACUGAUUUCUGCAGGUAUAUUUUCAGCCACGCUAUCCUCUGCAUUAGCAUCUCUUGUGAGUGCACCUAAAAUCUUCCAGGCUUUAUGCAAGGACAAUAUUUAUCCAGGAUUUCAGAUGUUUGCCAAAGGUUAUGGGAAGAACAAUGAGCCACUGAGAGGAUACCUUCUAACAUUUUUAAUUGCUCUUGGAUUCAUACUAAUUGCUGAACUGAACGUCAUUGCUCCAAUUAUUUCUAACUUCUUCUUGGCCUCAUAUGCCUUGAUUAACUUCUCUGUAUUCCAUGCUUCUCUUGCAAAGUCUCCAGGUUGGCGUCCUGCUUUCAAAUACUACAAUAUGUGGAUUUCUCUUGUUGGAGCUGUUCUGUGCUGCAUUGUGAUGUUUGUUAUUAAUUGGUGGGCAGCACUUCUAACAUAUGUCAUAGUUCUUGGACUCUACAUUUAUGUCACUUACAAGAAACCAGAUGUGAACUGGGGGUCCUCAACACAAGCUUUGACUUACUUGAAUGCACUACAACAUUCUAUUCGUCUCUCAGGAGUGGAAGAUCAUGUGAAAAACUUCAGACCUCAGUGCUUAAUUAUGACAGGCCCUCCAAAUGCGCGUCCUGCUUUACUUCACCUUGUUCAUGCUUUUACCAAGAAUGUGGGCUUGAUGAUCUGUGGCCAUGUGCAUAUGGGUCCUCGGAGGCAGGCUAUGAAGGAACUGUCUACUGAUUUAGCUAAAUAUCAGCGAUGGCUAAUUAAAAACAAGAUGAAGGCUUUCUAUGCACCAGUGCAUGCAGAGGACUUGAGGGAUGGAGGACAAUACUUAAUGCAGGCUGCUGGCCUGGGUAGAAUGAGGCCUAACACCCUUGUUGUUGGAUUUAAAAAAAACUGGAGACAAACUGAGAUGAGAGAUGUUGAAACCUAUAUCAAUUUAUUCCAUGAUGCCUUUGACUUUCAAUAUGGUGUAGUUGUCAUCCGCCUAAAGGAGGGCCUGGAUGUUUCUCACCUUCAGGGACAAGAAGAGUUACUGUCAUCUCAAGAAAAAUCUCCGUGUGCCAAGGAUGUCAUAGUAAAAGUGGAUUAUAGCAAGAAGUCUGAGACAGACACUUCUAUAGCUUUUGCUCCAUCAUCCAGUGAAAAAACGCAUGCUCUACAUAAAGAGGAGGACGAGGAUGGAAAGACUCCAACACAACCACUGUUGAAAAAAGGUUCAAAGAGCCCGUCUUCUGCUUUAAACUUAGCUGACCAAAGACUUCUUGAUUCUAGUACUCAGUUUCAGAAGAAACAAGGCAAAAGCAAUAUUGAUGUCUGGUGGCUCUUUGAUGAUGGAGGUUUGACACUCUUGAUUCCAUAUCUUAUUACAACCAAGAAGAAGUGGAAAGACUGUAAGAUCAGAGUGUUCAUUGGUGGAAAAAUAAACAGGAUUGAUCAUGACAGAAGAGCGAUGGCUACUUUGCUCAGCAAAUUUCGGAUAGACUUCUCGGACAUUAUGGUUCUUGGAGAUAUUAAUACUAAGCCAAAGAAAGAAAAUAUUGCAGCUUUCGAAGAAAUGAUAGAGCCCUUCCGGCUUCAUGAAGAUGAUAAAGAACAAGAUGUUGCAGAUAAAAUGAAGGAGGAUGAGCCAUGGAGGAUAACAGAUAAUGAACUUGAGCUUUACAAAACAAAGACUUACCGCCAGAUCAGGCUAAAUGAAUUGCUGAAAGAACAUUCAAGUACAGCUAACAUAAUUGUAAUGAGUUUGCCAGUUGCACGAAAAGGUGCAGUUUCUAGUGCGCUAUACAUGGCCUGGUUAGAAGCUCUUUCUAAAGAUCUGCCACCAAUUCUGCUUGUUCGUGGGAAUCAUCAGAGCGUUCUCACCUUUUAUUCGUAAGAGUACUGCAAAAUAGGACAGCCAUGGUGAAAUGGUACUUCAGUGCCCGAGGAGAGUGACUGACAUGGUCUAUAGUUUAUUAAUAUCACAGAGGCAAAAAGUGACUCUUCUUUUACUAUUUCACUGACUUGAAAGCACACAAGGAAAGUCACUGUGUUUCUAAAGUUGUGACAUCAUGGAUUUUAUUCUAUAUUUUCUGUAAUUUAAUCUUGCUUAAUGGGGGAGGAUUCCUUGUUAGACUGAAGAACAUGACAAGCUUUUUGUUUGCUACUUGAAUAGCAGCAAUAAAAUGUUUUAUUUUUGAUCAAUGAAAGGAUUAUAGAUUUAUAAAAGCCUUUUAGCCUUGAGGUGCCUUCUGAAAUUAACCAAAUCUCAUCCAUACUCCUACUUUGUAAAUUUAUAUGGAAUGUCAAAAUCUGCCUUCAACUAAGUUUAGAUCAGAUUUCCUUUAGUUUCUAGUCUCUUCCACAUUACAAUAAAAACAAAUGCUGCUUUUCAGUCUUCCAUUGAGCUUAGUUCUUAGUACUGUAUGUUUUCUAUUGUCAGAAGGUUUUGGGUUUUUAUUACUAUAUCUGUUAGAUUUAAGGGUGAGAAUUGGGGCAGGUCGGUUGAACUAAAGCAAAUUCCUGGAUGUUACUGUCAAGACUUUGUGUUACUAAAUUUUGUAAUAGUAAAAAUAAAACUUAUUCUACUAGUAGGCAGUAUCCUUUUCUCUAAUUUGACAGUGUGUACUAGUUUGGCACUAAUCUGAGAUACAGAGCUAAUGUGAUGAGCUACCUUGGAGAAGGAUACUGCUCAGUCUUUGCUCUGUAGCCCUAAUAGGAAACUGAAUUUACCUUCCUAGUUGAGGCUUUUUAUUUUAUUACAAAUUAGAGGAAAAACAAAAAAAAAAGAAAAGACCUGUCCUAGUUCUUGGCCUGAUAUGUUUCGGUAUCACUUAUAAUUUAUUUUGAAACAAAACUCAGCUUAAGGCUUGAAUGGGGAUAAUACAAGCAACGUGAUGCUGUCUAACAGAAAACAGUAAACACUAUGUGGAAUCUCGCUAUCCAGUAUGAAAUGUAAAAGCUACAGUUCUCUCACAUUUUUCAACAAAUGGUUAAAAGGACCACUAGUUACUAGGGGAGAUGUUUUUAGGUCAAUUCAUUCAGUUGUCAGAAAAUACAUUUAGUCUUAUGAAAUAAUACUCAGGUUUAAUUGUCUCAGAAUUUAGAUGUAUUCCAUACAUCCUACUUUAUACAUUUUUCUAUGUUCAAUAAAGAAACUGCCAAUCUUGUGUGCCCUUCCAUUAUACAUUUGGAAAACUUCAUAAGUUUAGUCUUUUAUGAACACCUACACAAGAAAUUUCACUUGUGCCUUUGUCUAAAGGCAAUAAUGUGAACUGUUUUGUUGUUUUUUUUUUAAUUCCAGAUAUACUUUGGUUAGAAAGGAUUGCCUAAAAACAUUUCACAAGCUUUUGAUAUUAACAUUGGACAUGCUACUGGAUCAGUUUACCAGUAGCUGAGUGGCUUUCAUUUAAGGAUGCACAAAAAAGGUGUAGUCUUACGCUCAAUAAAAGAUACUGGAGUGUACUUGUUCUGUUGAAGGACAAAGCAUAAUCAUUGGCAAGGUAGAGCUUCAGGCUGUUGUGAUGAAAGAUAAGAAUAUUUUACACAGUGCAGUAUAUACCAAUAAACUGCAAAAAAUCUUCUGCUUUUUCUGUCAAUUGAAUUUGAGGCUGUUGAAUCAUUUUACUUAAAAAAAGAAAGAUAAAACAAAGGUGCACAUUUUGCUGCUAAGUGUGAGAUAACUGACGCUAGCAUGAACCCGGCUCGUUACAAUAAACGUUGAGAGACAGGACAGUUUGCAGUGAAAAUGCUGUUUCCUUCCAGGUGAGGGGGUGGAGAUCAAACUUAACAACAAAUCUACUGAAGGUAUUACAGCAUUUACAGGGGAUAAGGGUGUUGCAUUAUGAAUACAGAAUCAUUGCCAUCUUCUCUCAUGGGUUACAUUCUUUUGAACAGACAGUAAGGCAUGGACUUAGUGCUGCUAUAUUAAAAAACAAAACACAACAAUAAACAUUUUAAAAUUGUGCACAGGUACACUUAUUUUAAAGGUUUUUUGCCCAUUCAGGAAACCAUUGCUUGUGAUCUGUAACACAAACCAAAUGAAGUGUGUGUAUACAUGCAUAUAUGUGUAUAAAAUUAUAUAAAAUAUAUCUAAAUAUGCAUAUGGGGAUAGUUAAGGUAAUGUUUGUGAAAUAACAUAGGAUGCUUUUCACAUGCACUCAAAAGUCCACUAAUGCUAGGCAUGAGGUCAAUUUUCAAGAUUAUCUGCUACACUAAAAUUUCAACUUAAUGGUAAUUGUUUGCAACAGUUGUCAGAUAGUGGCAGUCACUUCAAUUUCUGCUUUGAUUUUGAUACCAAAUUUAGUUAUGUUCCAAUCAUUAAUUACUUGAAAAAUGAAAUCAAUUAACACGUGGCGAUUCAUACCUUCUAUAGAUUAUUCUUCUUUGUAUUGUUUUAGAAAGACAGUAGUAGCUGGAGAAAAUCAAUUAUUUAUUUGUUCACUUGUAUUUAGGUUUCCUUUUACAUACAUUCUUUUUAUAUGCUUUUUCUGACAUUACAUAUUUAAAAAUAACUGAGUAAUUUAAAGAUUUGAGUGUUAGUGGGCAAUGGCCCACUUGGUUUCAAAGAUGUAAGAUUUGAUACUGUACUGUAACUGUCACACACAAAUGGCUUUUCUAAUGUUUUAACGUAAUUAUUGCAGUUAAUACUUUGUACCGGGGGAUGUCACUGCAAUAAAAGGAAAUUAAUUCAAUACAA